CAAAAGAACUACAGUAAAAAGUUUUUACCGCUGUGGUGUACAGCACCGAAAAACUGUCGGAUGUAGCGGAAAGCUGGGAAAGUUUUACUGACUAUUUCAUGGAUUUUAGCUGACUACAAUGUCACGCGUCACAGAGGAAGAUUACAGGCGGUUGGAGCAGCAGAUUAAACAGUGGAACAUAGACCACUUCGAUUUGUUUGAGUUGAGUCAACCCAACGAGAAUUUGGAAUUCCAUGGAGUGAUACGAUUUUAUUUCCAAGAUGAGGGUCAGAAGGUGUCCACCAAAUGUGUACGUGUUGCGAGCACGGCAUCGACUCAAGAAGUGGUGGAUGUACUUGUGGAGAAGUUCCGUCCGGAUAUGCGUAUGCUCACGCCAUCCAGUUACUCACUGUACGAAGUCCAUGUCAAUGGAGAGGAGAGGAAGCUAACCCUGGCAGAGAGACCUCUUCUGGUGCAGCUCAACUGGGGCAAGGAUGUGAGGGAAGGCAGGUUUCUGCUGAAGAGGGACUCCGACAGCACUAUCCCCAAGGAACAAGAGGUCUUUGACCAGGAGGGAGAGAUGAAAGGAUUCAAACGGAAACUCUCUAAACGAGAGAAAAAGGAGCAAAAGAAGCGGGAGAAGGAACGGAUAAAGAACAAGGAGAAUUUUGGCCAGGGUGGUGGCCACACAGGAGACAAGAGCGUAGCGAAGGAGCACUACAAUGAGCUGCCAGAGACCAGCUUCACCCGCAGCAUCUCCAACCCUGAGGCAGUGAUGAAGAGACGCAGACAACAAAAACUGGAAAAGAAGUUGGAGCAAAUCCGUAACCAAGGACCCAAUUCCGCUGGUACUCUGAAGAUUUACGGGGAAUCCCUGAAUGCUGACGUUCCAUACAAAACUCUGUUGCUUUCCUCAUCGGAUCCUGUCUGGUAUGUCAUAAAGGAAACCCUGGAGAAAUACGGCUUAGAGAAAGAAAACCCCAAAGAGUAUUGCCUUGUUCAGGUAUCAGUUGCUUAUGAUGAACGUGAAUACCAUGGAGGGAAGAUGGGGAAUGAGAGAAGACUAGAGAUAGACGAGUGCCCAUUAGCCAUAGCUAUGCAACAUCCUCCAACUGAAGGAACUUUAAUGUUUGAGAUAAGAAAAAAAGCUGCCGAUGAGAAGAGAAAGGCCAAAGCUUUGAGAGCCGUUUCCCACGAAGAAUUACGUUACAGUGCUGAACAUUCCAAAAAGUCACCUGAGAAAUUGCCUUACCUUUUACAGUUAUUUCCAGAUGGCACAGAGAAUCCACGUGGACGUCGUCACCGCCUGCAGGUAGACGUGACGGAGGUGGGCAGUGAUGAACACGCCCUCAGUAACAGUCAGGCUCUUGUGAUACCUGACCGUGCCAUCCAGCCACGUCACUGUGUCUUAGCUCACACUGACGGGGGUAUCAUCACCGUGACUCCCAACAGCCAGGAGGCCGAGACAUACGUCAACAACAUGCGUAUUUAUGAGACCACCAUCCUUAAGAACGGGAUGACAGUGUCCUUUGGCAGAAAUAACCUCUUCAGAUUUGUACAUCCUAACGAACACGAGCAACAACAGAAGGCCCAGUUUGCAGACGACAUUGCUGCCUUGCAGAAGAAGGCCAAGUUGGACGACAGGGGUCAGGAUAAGAAACAACCCAUGGGGAAUUUCAAUGAGACUACAUUCGAUUUGGACGGCCACGUUGAGACUCAUCACGGCAGAGGACAGUUUGGGCGCCCACCCGUUGGUGAGGAUAUGCAAAGAAGUCCCCCACAGAAAGAUGGUCACAUGUCUGACUCACAGGGCCUCCUGGAGGAUGCUCUGCCUGUAGCUCUAGAGUUCAGGGAGGAAGUUGAGGAUAAUUUUCUAAGUGCUUUGAUCACUGAUGUGAACGGAGCUAAUGUCAGUUUUAAGCUGGCUCCGACCUACACAGUAUAUAUGGCUAUCAGGUACAGGCUGUCUAACAUGUACAGACCAGACAUGAGCCCUGCUGAGCGGGCCCACAGGCUUACCUCCCUUAUCAACAAGGUAGCCAGUCUAGUUCAGCAGGCUAUCCAGGACCAACAUGACAAUCCAUCUGCCAUGUCCUUCUGGAUGGCAAAUGCCUCUGAACUGUUGCACUUCUGCAAACAAGACCACGACAUUCAUCCGUUCAGUCAGGACGCGCAGGAAGUGCUGGCGGAGUCUGUCCAGAUCGCCUUCCACCAUCUGGUUCGCUGUCUGCAGCAGGACCUGCAGGGCGUGAUGGUGGCCUUCCUGGACGAGAAUGAAGACAUGGAUGAUGAUGAGUUUUUGAAUGAGGACACACUGACAAGACGAUACAAGGGGCGGCCAAUCCUCAGCGACGUCCUCAACACACUGUCCUCUGCGAUGCACCUGUUGAGGCGAUGUCGCGUGAAUGCUGCCCUCACCAUCCAGCUCUUCUCUCAACUCUUCCACUUCAUCAACAUGUCACUGUUCAACACGAUUGUCACCCAACCCCAGAUGAGGCUGUGUACCAUGAAGUGGGGGAUCCGCCUCAAGCGACGGCUGGGGCGGGUGGAGGCCUGGGCAGAAAAGCAGGGCCUGGAACUGGCCGCAGACUGCCACUUGUGUCGCAUUAUUCAGGCGGCACAUCUUUUACAAGCCCCUAAGAGCAGUCCAGACCACAUAGCCUACAUCAGCUCCACCUGCUUUAAGCUGAACUCCCUACAGCUCAGGACUCUGCUGGAGCAGUAUAUCCCCGAGCCAAAUGAGCCUCCGAUUCCCCAGACGCUGAUCGACAAGGUCGUGGCUGUGGCGGAGAACAUGGCUGAUGAACUGACGCGAACAGACGGACGGGACAUCCAGCUGGAGGAGGAUCCUGACCUUCAGCUCCCGUUCCUGCUGCCUGAGGAUGGUUACUCCUGUGACAUCAUCAGGGGCGUGCCCAACGGGCUGCUGGAAUUUCUAGAACCUCUGUCCCGCAGUGGACUGUGUAGAGCUAUGGCUCAGCAAGAGGCCGUUGGGGACUGGACAGUUUACAUGCUGCCUGGCGAGGACAACAGAUUUAUGGAGAAUGCCCAGCAAAAAGGCCCACCCCCAGGGCAGAACAACCCUCGCUCCCCACCCACAGGGCACCCCGGUUUAUCUAAGGAACCAGAAGUGCUGCGAGUCACAUUCAGCAAAGUUAGCGGCAGCAUGGGACUCAGUAUUGUCGCGGCACGGGGUGAGACUCAGACGGAUAACGGAAUUUACAUCAAAUCCGUGGUGCCAGGAGGAGCAGCAGCACUGGAUGGACGCCUAGCUGCUGGAGACCAAUUACUAGAGGUGGACGGCAAAAACCUGAUUGGAUUGUCGCAGGAAAAGGCUGCAGAGUUGAUGACCAGAACUGGGCAGACUGUAUCGUUAAAAGUGGCCAAACAGGGUGCUAUCUAUCAUGGGCUGGCCAAACUGCUCAGCCAGCCCUCCCCCAUCCUGCAGCAGAGAGGGGGUCCUAGAGGUCCUAGCUCUCCAGGGCAGAAGUUCAAGAACUCUCCACCCCAUCAUGAGGAGGCCCCACCCCCAUAUUACAAUGGGGUAAAGGAUGGUCGGGAUCACCCCAGGGAGCCUGGCAUGGUCAGUGGUAAAUAUCGUCCCGGGCUUCAGCAGAGCCAGUUAGCCAGGUCUUCACCCUCACUCAAUAGUGACAUCUCAAACUCGGAAAGGCCACGUGCACCAUCAUCAUCAAAUGUACGAGAUGACCACCAUCCUCAUUCCAACCAGCACCCUCACAUGUACAAACAACCAGGGGCAGGGGAGAUGGACAGCAGGUCUAAGUCCACAUCAAACCUCACCCAGCAGGAGAUGUACGGGAGACAGGACCCACAGCAGAUAAGAGGGGCCACCUCCACCAGUGUGCUGCCCAGGAACCAACAGCCCAACCGUGACUACGGACCAGGCAAUGACCCCAGAGGGUACGGGGACCCAAGAGCGAGGUUAGACCCACACCAACAGUAUAAUGGUGGACCAAACGGGAAUUACGAGAAUCAACCCCGCAUGGACCCGGCUAGGCAUAAAGACCAGCCCCCUAAUAACAGGAGGUUUGAUAACAACUCCCCCAACUAUAGCAAUGCCAGUAAUGACUCCAGAAACAAAUGGUCGCCUCCACAACAAGCAGUGCCCAACAAGAGGACGUCCUCUUCGUCUUCGUCUUCCUUGCAGAGGGAUGAUAAUCGCCCUAGAUCGGCGUACAUGUCGCAGCCAGAGAGACCGGAUACGCACCAGAUACGACCCAAGUCGGAAGAGUUUGAAGCAAGCCGUGUUCGGGAGUGGCAAGAGAGGAAUGAAAGGUCUAACCACAAAGCACAGCUUUCACCAAACUCCCAGUCCAUUGAGAGACGUCCGGGUUACCCCGAUAGGCCGAAUCCACCAUACGGGCAGCAUGGCCCAGAGCACGACCCCAGGGGCACUGGAUUUAACCAACCACGACAGGUGGGGUACUAUGAGAACACAAGUCCUAGGCCACAUGAGCGAGGCCCUCAAGACAUGGCACAUGAUCGCCCUCAGGUCAAGUCCAAGCCAGCUGUGACUCAUAAACCUGCACCAUCCAAAAUCCAGCACAUUGAAGUGACAAGGUCACAGGUGCCCACAUGGAAGAAUGUAGCAACCAGGCCAGAUAAAGUGUCGCACGUCGAAGUCCAGAGACAGCCAGUUGAUAGACGCAACAAACAGCCUCAGUAUCAAGAUCAGAAACGCCAAGGGGAGCCCCAGCAACAUCAACAACGACCUGACCAGAGGCUAAACAAUCACCCAGAGCCCAGACAACAGAACAACUACCAGCCAAACAACAAUCCACAGAACAAUUACCAGCCAAACAAUAAUCCACAGAGCAAUUACCAGCCAAACAACUAUCCACAGAACAACAUUCCUCAGCAUCCUUCAUACCCAGCGAACAACAGCUCCCAGCCACCUUAUGGUCAUAAUCCACAGAUGUCUUACUACGAACCACAGCCCAACAGGAGUCGUUAUCCCCCUGGGUAUGGACAACCAGAGGCCCAGGAGCUUCCCCCUCCCCCUGAGGUGCCUCCAGAGCUGCCUCCUCCCCCGGAAGAAGUGGAAUUGCCCCCACCUCCACCACCACCCUCCUCAUCAGAUUACAGACUUGAGCAGACUAUCCGACGGGAACAGGAUCGCCUCAUGCAGCAGCUGAACCAGCCGUAUGAAAGCAUGGAGGCAUACAGAGACCCCCGGGACCCGAGACGGGGCCUCCACGAGGCAGACAGACCCCAGACCUACCCAGACCAUGUAUACAAUAGAGACUCUUAUAACCCUGCUGCACAGCACUCCCCGGGCUCUCAGCAGUCUGACCCUUACUCCUCUCAGCCAAACUACCAGAACAUUAACCGAUUUCACGAUGGGCCUGAUAGGACUCAAUAUGACCCCCGGGGCCAACCUGGAUCCCAGCCACUUGCCCAACUUUCAAACUACCACCCACGUUAUGACCAAGGAAGAAAUUCAUCCCCGCUUCAAGAGCCUGUCAACCGCAAUGACAUUAGCGGUCAGAGGAAACCGCCAGUGGCCAUGAAACCUGUGAAGAAUGUUAAUGUUAAGGCAGAGCACGGGGAGAAGGGGAUGCCGUCGUCUCCGUGGGAUCGGGAAGAGAAGGAGAAGGAGAUGAAGAAGCAGCAGAUGACGCUGAAGCAGAUGCGGGAGCAGGAGAUUGCAGAGCUGGAGUCAAAGCUGCAGUACAUCAGUCCCCAGGAAGAGGACAGGCUGAAGAAGCUGCGUCUGGAACAGGAGUUCCAGCGUCGUGUGGAGGAGGUGGAUAAGCGUGGCAAUGAUGACGAUGAGGACGAGGACGACGACGACUCUGACAAUGAGGUCUCUGAAAGAUUAGUGGAAAGGGAACAGUUAAUACAAAAAGUGCAAGAUGAUUUGCUGAAGACGAAGUUGCGUCUGGAGGAGAUGCACCAUCGGCAUCGCUACGAUGAAUAUGAGCGAGAAAAGGAUAGAAUGGAAAGGUUGCAAAGAAAAUUAGAAAUGUUUGAAAAGGAAAGGGAAGAGCAACGAAUUCGCCAACAAAAAAGACAAGAGUUGAAAGAAAAGAAACAGGAAGAAUACUUACAGCGCCAGAGGGAUAUGCGUGAGCGACAAAGGAGAGAGUUUGAAGAGAACAAGCGACUGUUAAUGCAGGAAGAAGAAAAGGCUCGGCAGCGCAAGAUGGAGGAACUCAAGAAGAAACGAGAAAUGGAGAGAGAACAGAUGCGAGAGAUGCAGGAAGCGCGUGAUGCUGAGGAGGCGGCGCUUCGUGCCCAGGCGCGGAAACAGGAGGAGGAGCUGGCAAGGCAGAGACAGGAGCAGUUGGAGCGGGAACGCCAGGAGCAGCAGCGCGAAAUACGCGUCAAAGAGGAGAGGAAAAGACUAGAUGCACUUUCUCAGCCCACCCCGUACCACCCGCCUUACAACAACAACAACCAGUUCCAUAGUUACCAGGCACCACAGCCCAACUACUCGUAUCAGCAACCUCCACAUCUUGCCCAGCAACAAAACAACCACAUGGAUUUGCCGUAUGAGCGCGGAAUGCUAAACGCUCCACCGCCUCCAGAACGCAAGUCUUCCUACGAGUAUGUCCAGCAGCAUCACCAUCAUCACCAGCAGCCAUCGAUACGUCAGCCAGAUGGGCCGCCCACUGACCAAACAAACUACAUGAACAGUUCUGCGUACAGACCCGCCAUGAGGAACAAUCUAGAUGGUAGUGGCGGUCCGGGCGGGCCUAAGAAGUCCGUGUCAUUUGGGCUAGAGACGCAGAUUAACACGUAUAGCGUGAGUAGUGAAGAUGACCACAGUCAGCAUCCUUCUUACUCCUCUUAUCGGUCUUCUUCCACUUCCUCUCAGGAGCCCCAGUCUCCCAAUGACAGUCGCUACUCCUAUGGGGGGCCCCCAAACUCCGCAGUGGGCCCCAAUGAUGUGUUCCAGACUCCACCUCAACAGACUAGUGCUGCAAACGUGUCCUAUAGAGUGACAGACACCCCGGGGGUAGUGGGUGCCCAGGAAGUGUACCGUGACCCGCGAUCGCGCAUUCAGGCCAAGAAGGCACAACAGCCUCUUAAAGGCUCAGGCACUGAACGUAUGUCAUUCAGAGACAAAAUGAAGUUUUUCGCUAAAGAAGCUGGUGAGAAUACCCCAACAGAAAAACCCAAGGCCUCACGUGUACAGAGGUCCAUUGAAUCUCAAAUGCAGAACGGUCAAUAGGUGUGUGCCUUGAGACUUUUUACCAUUUUCUUCCAGGCCAGUCUUGGCAGUGUGGCCUUUUGCUAUGGUAACAUAGUGUAUAUGGUUUCCCUGGGAACAUGGUGGACGGCUACUGUGUGCUGUGUACAUAUCGAAUCCACAUAAUCUAACCAGCAUAUUAAGACUUUGACCACACACUACACCACUGUGUUAAUGAUGCCUAUCCAAGGCAGGCUUGUGUUGGCCCGGAUAGAUACAUGCGACAUUGGAAUUUGCUCAAAGCAUUAGUUCCAGUUUAAGGUGGCAUUUCAAGCAUUUGUACCAUUUUCAUGGAAACUAGAUUGGGGAACCUUUCGACAGGAUUAUUUCAAGUCUUGUGCCUUUUUUUUUUUUUUUUUUUUCAGUUGUGCCUACCACAUUCAGAACUGUGAUGUUUUUUGUCCUUGUGUAAAUUACUUUUGAACUGCCAUUAUUUGCUACAAUAUCACAGUUACAUGUAUUACAUCUGCAAAUCCAGGUUGUUCACAGCAUUAAAAAUUCAACUGAUCUGUUUUGGAUAUAGUUCGUAAAUUUGUUAAUUUUGGAACAGAUGUUAAGCUAUUUUAGCAGAGCCACAUUUUAAGAUAUGCAUUAUGCGCAUUACAAAACCUCAGCAUAAUAUUUCAAUAUUAGGGGUUACAUCUGUAGAAUACAUAUGAACUGCACACCUUUAGUGGUUAUUUCUUUUUUUUUUUUAAUUUUGUGUUCUUGUUUUUAUUUUUUUUUAUUUUAAAUAAAAUUGGUUGACUUUGAUUACCACUGUGAAAACACGCAAGGUGAAUGUGCUAAUUUUGAUGUCUUUGUUCAUUAGGAUUUUGUUUUAUUUCUGAUUUGUUUUUGCAUGCCUGUAUAGAAAACACCUGAUUUCAAAUCUAACCAAUGUUUCACUUCUCCACACAACAAAUAUAGUUUUCAAGUGUUAUAUUGCAUAUCUUUUUUUUU